AUGCCCGGGACGAAGGGAUCUGCGGGGUCUGCGGCGUGCCGCGGAGCCUUCCCACGCCCCGCGAGAGAUACGGACUCCGCGCAUUGGACUCCACACAUCUUCUCAGGGGGUUGGCUCUGCCUUGUUGUGGGUGCAAGGAGAGGGAAAGUCCAGGCUGCAGCUCCCUGGAAGGGACGCGAGGGGAAGGGUGGUCGCGAGAAGCGCUUACUGAGGUGUCUCUUCGUUGCCAGUUCUGCGGAAGUGAGAUGCUCCCUUUGUGUUGUGGGGAUUCAGGCGCUGGCUGAGAUGAACCGGUGGAGAGAAGUUCUGUCUUGGGUCCUACAGUAUUACCACGUCCCCGAGCAUCUGCCUCCGAAAGUUCUGGAGCUGUGUAUCCUGUUAUACAGCCAAGUGAGAGAGCCGCAGGUGAUGCUGGAGGUUGGCAGCAGCUGGCUGAGAGACCAAACCAAUAAGAGCCUCCCCGAGUACGGUUCAUUGCUGGAGCUCUAUCUGUUGCACGUGCUGCUUCCGCUUGGCCAGUUUGAGGGGGCAGAAGAGCUUGUACGCGGCUGUGAUGUUUUCGACAGUGAGCAGCAGCUAGCGUUUCUUGAGACCAUUUGUGAAAGCCGAUGUCGGUGGACUCAACGGGAAGAGAUGGACUCGGCUGAUGACGAGCAGCAAGAUGGGGCAACAGAAACUCUUCUGGGUGCUCUGUCCCAAAAGCUCUUGACCAUGUUGACACUACUACGUAGAGCACUGAGGUCCAUGUCAAGCCACUUCUGUUUACUUCCUUACAAAAAGAUGCUCUUGGCUACUUUCUUGCUUUACCUGGUGGUGGUGAGAUUAGACCCAGAUGUCAAGAAGUCUCUGUCUAGAAAUUGCCGCUCCCUGCCCCCAACAUCUGAAGUCGUGGAUUACUUGGGAGCCGUUUAG